AUGGUCUUCUCGUCUGCUGCUGCUGGUCAACAAUGCGCCACAGUACUCAAGACAUUGCCCUGUGAGAAUCCGUUUGCAAUCGAAGUAGUUCGGUUUGUCAUGCCUCUGGAGUCGAAUAUGGGUGACACCAGUGCCCACUGGGCCAACUUCACUGCGGUCUUAUACCCAUCUGAUCUGUUGAAUGCGGCAAUGGCAUUCUGGCGGGAUACCGGUUCAGGGUUAUCAACACGUCACGCAGAAUUCUGUUUGGAAGAACUCGGCUAUCUUGACUCCGACUCUGCGACUCCGGCAUACCGAACCCCAGCUCCACGGAAGAGAUGCCGAAGCCAAACUCCGGAGUCUCUUACAUGGAUGCGAGCUGCGGCUGGGAACUCCCAAGAGGUGAAAUCAUUCCUUGCAGGCCUUGCUACGUCUGAGCAACCGGAACAACCACCUGUGAGUCCUGACGAUGUGUUCCUAUACUCUACCGGUAUGAACGCUAUAUACACGCUAUCGGAAGCUCUAGCUUCGCCAGAAUACAAGGUUGCCAUGUACGGAUGGCUAUACCCACAGACAGUUGACGUCGUUCGACGAGGCACAUGGGCAGAAUGCCUCUCCUACAAAUACGGCACGGAGGAAGAGUUGGAUCGGUUGGAGGCCCUCCUGCAAUCAGGCCAACAGAUCCGGGCAUUAUUCUGCGAACUGCCCAGCAACAUCACUUUGGCAUCACCAAAUCUCCAUCGAAUUCGCGCACUGGCAUAUAAAUACGGCUUCGUUGUCGCCUGUGAUGACACCGUUGCCGGCUAUGUCAACAUCGAUGCGCUGCCUUAUGUAGACGUGAUGAUGUCCAGUCUUACGAAGACAUUUAGCGGAGCAUCAUACGUCACCGGUGGAGGUCUUGUAAUAAACCCCAACUCCCGCCAUCACGACCAAAUCCACGCCGCCCUAUCCAAGAACCGAGACACCUAUUUCCCCCUAGACGUCAACACCCUCAGACAGAACAGCAAGAACGUCGUCUGGCGUGUGAAACAAUGCAAUCAGAACACGCUUCCACUGGUCGAUCUCUUCAAAGCCCACCCGGCCAUCGCCGCAGUAGACCACCCGUCCAUCGCGCCAACAUCAGCCCUGUACAAGAGCGUGAUGCGCAAGGACGGCGGCUACGGCAACGUUCUGAGCGUUGUCUUCCAUGAUCCGCGCACAGCAGAGCACUUCUACAACAUUUUCAACGUCUGCAAGGGGCCCAGCUUCGGGACGAACUUCACGUUAGCCAUCCCGUAUGUCCAGCUAGCUAAUUACUGGAAUCAAGACAAAGUUGCGAAGCACGGGGUGCCGAGGCAUAUUAUUCGGAUCAGCGUUGGGCUGGAGGAUUCGAGGCAGAUUGUGGAGACGGCGAGGAGGGCACUGAAGAGUGUGGAUGAGUUUGAGUUGAACAAGGAUCUUAAUUGA